AUGUCUGAGCAGAUCACUAACGCUUUCCACUCCGCUCUCGGAGGUGCCAAGCAGUCCCUCGGAAGGGCCGUCGGAUCUGAGCAGCUCGCCGCUGAGGGCGCCGCCGAGAAGGCCACUGCCGAGACCCGCUCUGCCACCCAAACCGCUCAGGGUCAAGCCCAAGGUCUCGCCGACAACAUCACCGGCCGCGCCAAGUCGACUGUCGGUGCCGCCACCGGCACCCACACCUUGGAGACUAAGGGUCACCUCCAGCAGACUGCUGGUGAUGUCCGCCGCACUGUCAACUAA